AUGCAUGCCACAUAUAAGUUUGAGGCUACACGUAAAGGAAGGUCAGCCUACGGAGCUGACGAAUACGCCGCAUCCUUGCAUAAGAUCGCCUACCUUUCAUCUCCGUGGGCAGAGCUCUCGGCCUGCACCCAUUGGCAAUCCACCAUUAAGUCGGGGCUAGGCUUGGUGCUGCACCUGUCUGCAGCGAUACUCCCGGGGCGUCGACGCGUCAAGGAUCCGCCAAAGCGCCGGGAGGUCGAUGUGUAUGCUAUCCUGCUCCCAGUAUACGCUGAUGCCAGGUUCGGUGGAUACCAGCUUGCGCUUUGUACAAAGAGGGGUACGCGGCGGACGUUAGAUGUGGAUUGCACCGGGAUGAAGCUGCGUUACAUUCCUCGUUACUUUCAGCAUAAGCCCCGCCAUAAGCCCCAACUCGCAGGAGCGAACAUGAGAGUGUCAAUGUACAUUGAAGUGAAUGGCCGAACAUAUCAAGGCUUCGUGGAUGUGGCCAAUAGUGAUAUCAUACGCGGAACAUUAGCCGCCCUCAGGAGCCGAGCGGCUCGCACCUUCGCAUGGGUCAAAGGUCACAAUGGACACGAAAGCAACGAACAGGCCGAUGCCGCAGCGGGCGCAGCGGCCGCGAAACCUCAGUGCGACAAUAUAAACCUGACAAUCCCAACUCACCUACGCCUGUCGGGAGUGAAGGUCAUGGCUGCCAGCCAAGCCCUGGCCUACUGCGCCAUCAGAGCGCACAAACUCACCAGGUUUGUGAAACGGUCGCGUACCGAUGCAAUGAUCCGAAAGACAAAGGCAGCGACUGAAGAGACUUUCAGACUACAGCCCCUGUUCUUUUUACAGAUAGCAAAAUAUGGGAAUCCCCGAGAUGCAAACUUGAAGACUUGUCGCGGAGAGCCGCUAUUUCCUGUGGACGACGGCACACGACGCCUACAUGCAUGUGACGCCCCCGGACAGGAAUUGAUCUGGGACUCGAAGAGCUGUGGACCAAACGCAAUAAAGAAAGGUUCCGCCCUCAUUCUAGCCUGUGGCAUGGCGGAGUUCACAUCUGCGAAAGGACAACUACUCACUGGCGAUAUGCGCCUGUACCAAAUACUAAUUGCGGAUCCGCACACAUGUUCUGGAAACUCCGUUGUGAGAGGGUGA